AUGUCAUCAUCCCCCCAACCUCCACACCCUGCUGCGCCAGACACACGUGGAGUUGGUCCAGCACGUAGGACAGCAGCGUCAAACACGUCCCCACGUGCAUUACGCGCUGCUCGACGUGGAAAGGAGUCGCAACCACACGAGCAGCAACGUGAGGAGCUGGUGGGACGGGUGGGAAUAACAACACCUGGGGAGGCGGCGGGGGAACAAGAGUCGGUGGAGGGCGAGGCGGCUGCGGCCGCGGCAGCAGGGGGAAGUGGCGCAAUGGGGACUGAGUCAGAGGCGGCUGUGGCGGUUGAGGCUGCGGCUGCUGCGGGGCUGGAGAAGGUUGCUGCUGAGGCGACUGAGAUGGUGGCUGCUGCUGAGCUUGGCGGGCCUGACGCUGCCUCUGGCGGCGGCUCAGCCUCACCCUCUGCCAUCCCCCAGGCGUGGCAACCAGAGGAGCCGGGACCACCAGUGGCUCAGGAAUGGACCGAGGCGGUGGAGCUGGCGGCAUCACCGGAGCCUGUAACGGCGUCUGUGCUGGCUGCGGCGGUGACAGUGGCGACAGGGGAACAGGACGGAGCCCGGACCGAGGAGGGUGCGCCGUUCGCCGCUGCGAACGCCGAAACUUCUGCUGCUGCCAAGGGCGCAAGCACGCAGGGACACGAUCUGGGGGGGAGCGGUAGACAGGGUCGCGGAGCUGGCGGGACUGCCGGCGCCGCCCGCGGGAAGACGAAGCUUCGAGCCCAGCCAGCACCGAGGCGGCCCGUAGCAGGGCUGGGACUUGGUCCCCCGGGACCCCUCCUGGGCUGGCUUCUGCAAGGGCAGUUGCCACAAGGGCAAGAGCGUCACUUGCCAUCUGUGGGGACAAGCGACGGGAGAAGGGAAGCAGGAGACAUGAUCAGGCUAGCACCCACACCGAUCAUCACGACAGGGAACGCAGUGGCGGGACCAUCAAUGCAACAACCACCGCGUCGGGAUUCGCGGAACUCGACGGGGGGAGAACAACCACGGCUGCCGCCACGGCUCAACAGACCCCACGGCGUGAAACCCGCAGUGUUACGAGGGCGCAAGGCAUUACGUGGGGCCAGCCAAGGGUUGGCCAGGCAACGCCGAUGCUGGCGCCGUGGAUCCCGGCGGGAAGACCGCAACAGGCAGGCCGAGGCGAGCAGAACGCCGGCCCUAGGGGGGGAGAAACGGCUCGCGGAGCAAGGGGAGGAGUGCGAGGGGCCAGAGGGGGGCGGGCCGGAAGAGGCCCAAUUGUCGGCGGAAGGGUCGCGCUCAUCACCGUCUGACCUGGCGGAUGAUUCUGCCAUCUGGAAGCUGGCAGCCACGUGGGACAAAUACCCCCUCCAAAAAGGGGAUCAACCCUUCGUGGUCCGCAGAAUGCCGCCCAAGAUCCUGGAAAGCUACACGCUCUGUCUCCUGGCGCCACUCAUUUGA